AGGGCCGAGCUCGGCGGCGGCAGCGGGUCCGGCCCGGCCCGGUUUCGCUCCCCUCCCCCCGUCUCCCCCGGUUCGGCCCCGCUCCGCUCGCCCGGGGCCCGGCUCGGCCCGUCAUGCAGGCGGUGGAGCGGGACGGGGCGGCGGGCGGCCCCGAGGGGGCGGCGGGAGGCGGUGAGGCCCCGCCGGAGCCGUCGCCUCCCAAGGCCGCCGCCGCUUUCGACCUGCUGGAGCUGGUGCGGAGCUACCGUCGGCUGGAGCUCUACCUGGAGCCCCUGCGGGACGCCGCCGAGGGCGUCCGCUCCCUCCUCCGGUGGCAGCGGCCCGUGUGCUCCCUCCUCGUCUGCCUCGGCCUCAACUUCCUCCUGCUCACCCUCGGCCAAGCUGCCUGGUACUCGGUGCUUGCCCUGUUGGUGGUGGUGCCAGCCCUGCUGGGCUACCUGCAGGAGACCUGCCGUGCCCGGCCCUCGGAGCUGGAGCUGGUGCGCAGGAGGUACCACAGCGUCCGGAGAGAGGACCUGCGGAAGGUGCAGCUCUCGCGGCAGGAGGCCAUCACCCAGGUCAAGAGCUUCCUUAUCCAGCUGGAGGAAUUCCUGAGCGGGAUGUGCUGCAGCUGUGAAGCAGUGUACCGAGUGCUGUACUGGGAGAACCCCACAGUCUCUUCCCAGUUUUAUGGGGCGCUGCUGGGCUCUGUCUGCAUCCUUUACCUGCUGCCCCUCUGCUGGGUCUUGGCCAUCCUCAACAGCACCCUGUUCCUGGGCAACACCCAGUUCUACCAAGUGAUAAAGGAGCUCAAGGCCUCGGUUGAGCAGUGUGUGGGCACCAAACCCCUUGAGAGCCCUCCAGAGCCUGCUGAACCCCUGCCAGCUGCUGCCCCCCUGGAUCGGACCCCCACGCCCACCAGCACAGAGGACCUUACCCCUGGCAGCGUGGAGGAGGCGGAGGAGGCAGAGCCUGACGAGGAGUUCAAAGAUGCUAUUGAGGAGAACCAGCUGCUGGUCAUGGAGGAUGACGAAAGCUCUCAGUGUUCAGCAGAUUUUGACCUCAGCCUCCCGGACAAUGGUUUUAUGAGCAAAAAUGAGGUCAUCCGCAGCAAGGUGUCGCGCCUGACGGAGCGCCUGCGCAAGCGCUACCCCAGCAACAACUUUGGGAGCUGCACGGGCUGCGCAGCCACCUUCUCUGUGCUCAAGAAGAGGCGGAGCUGCAGUAAUUGUGGGAACAGCUUCUGCUCCAGGUGUUGCUCCUUCAAGGUCCCCAAGGCUGUGAUGGGAGCCACGGCCCCGGAGGCUCAGAGGGAGACGGUGUUCGUGUGUGCUCUGUGCAACCAGGUGCUCACCAAAUGACUGAGAGAGUCCCAGCCAGCUCCUGGGGCCUGCACCGCCUGACGCCGGGACAGCGGGUGCCCUGCCCUUGCUGGAUGGCAGCCUGGGCUGCUUGUUUCCUGGUGUGGUGUCACCCUGCCAGAGGACACCUCUGCUCACCGCUGCUCCUGCCAGCGCUCGGCUGGGGCAGAGCAGCCCUUGCCCUGCAGCAUCUGCUGCACAGCUGGGUCCCUGCGGUGGAGCGUGACCCACAGCUGUGCCCCCGUCCCUGCAGCUGCU